AUUUUGGAACAAACACAAGCUAGGAUUUUCUUUGUUUAGUAUAAUAUUUUCCCUCUGGUAAAGAUGUAUAACCUCACCAUCAGUGUUGCAUGAUGACCCAAUUUGUAGACAUAUUUUGCUAAAAUAUCUUUUCUCUUCAUUGUUUCCUUCCUUGGGUUACCUAACCUUGCUGGGGAAAAGUCAGUGUAGUAAAAUAAUCUUUAUUCUUGACAUAAAGGUACUUAGAGGUUCAUUUACAGAUGGACAUCAGCCUGUGUGGGCAAGUAGUAGUGCUGGAUGAAGCUCAUAACAUUGAAGACAGUGCAAGAGAGGCGGCCUCAUGCACGCUUACUCAAGAUGAGAUACUUACAGCCAAGAAUGAACUUGACAAGAUGGUCGAAUUAGAACUUAAUGUACAGGAGUGCACUAAUCUGUCCUGUAUGCUGAAUGCUUUGAGUGAAUGGGUAAACAAAAACUCUGAUAAGCUCACAGACUAUAUGGACUUCGAUCGUGCAGGCAAAAUUUUCAAAGGAACAGAGAUGAUAGCAAACCUUGAACUUCUUGGCAUUGGAUAUGAUAAAUAUAUGGAAUUAAAGGGUUACUUGAGUAAGCUGACAGCAGACCCAGACCCGGAGGAUGAAAAUCCUCGCAUUAACUCCUCAACAUCUACAUUGCUGAAGAAUCUUUUUCUUAUGUACCAUUUCCUAUUUAUGGAUAACAUGAAGUACCGAGAUGAUUACCGGAUUGCCAUAGUAAGAGCUCAAACUAGAAAGAAAGGUGCUAUGACUGCAGGUGGUUGGUAUAGCAGUAAGAAGUCUACAGUGGGAUGGGCAUACUCUAUUAAUUUUUGGUGUCUCAACCCUGCUGUGGCUUUCCUUUCUGUUGGCUUCGAGACCCGUUCGAUCAUCUUGACAUCAGGAACACUCUCCCCCAUGAAUUCCUUCCAAUCUGAAUUGGGUGUUCCAUUUAAAAUACAGUUAGAGGCUAAUCAUGUCAUUGACAGAAACCAGGUGUGGGUUGGAACAAUAGGUAGAGGACCAACAAACAAGAUGCUGCAGGCAACCUUUCGUAAUACCGAGAACUAUGAGUUCCAGGAUGAACUAGGAAGAUUGGUUCUAGAUGUGUGUAAGGCUGUGCCACAAGGAAUACUGUGCUUUCUUCCUUCUUAUGCUAUGCUUAACAAGUUACUAGACAGGUGGCAGAACACAGGGAUGUGGGAUGAGCUGAACCAAAUUAAGGUAGCCAUUACUGAGCCAAGAAACAGUGAAAAGUUUGAAGAAGCCAUGGCACUCUUUUAUGACACUAUUAAAAAUUCUGGAACACAGGAGAGUGGAGAGAUUAAUGGUGCUUUCUUCAUGGCAGUGUGUCGUGGGAAAGUCAGUGAAGGAUUAGACUUCACUGAUGAUAAUGCUCGGGCUGUUAUUGCUGUUGGUAUACCAUUUCCAAGUAUAAAGGAUAUUCAAGUUGAUGCAAAACGUCAGUACAAUAAUGAACACUGCCGAACACGUGGCCUUCUGUCUGGUGGAGACUGGUAUGAAAUUCAAGCAUAUCGAGCAAUUAAUCAAGCACUGGGACGAUGCAUUCGGCAUCGUUAUGACUGGGGUGCACUCAUAUUGGUUGAUGAAAGAUACCAACAAGGCAGCUUAGCCAGUGGAUUGCAACAAAACAGAUAUACUCGUGGAUUGUCCAAGUGGGUGAGGAAUAAGAUAGUCCAUCACCAGAAUUUUUCAUUUGCCCUAUCUGAUCUUCAUAAAUUUGCAGAGGGCAUGAUUAAGCAGCCCCCAAGGCAGCCAGAAAGCUUGGAUGAAACCAUGACUCAGUUGAAAGAGGUGGAGAUAACAGAACCUCAAGCUACCUCAUGUACCUCAGUGAAUUGUUGCACACCCAAAAAGCAUGACAUACAUGAUAAAUAUUUAAAGCAAAGUCCCAAUACUUCUAAAUUCAGUUUACAUCAUGCAGACUCUCAUUUAACUAAUCAGACAUCUGCCAGCUUUUCUCCUGGAUCCAGGUUAGCCGAAGUUUUUAACUCAACUGUAUGUAGUGAUCAAGAAAUUUGCCGUGUAAAUUACUUGAUUGAUGAUGAAGACAUUAUCAUUCCGUCAGGAAGACUUCCUCUCACAUCUACUCAGUUAUCAAAAUCAGGAGAUGCAGAUGCGGAUGAGACACCCGGUACUAACAACAUAAGCAGACAUGGGAAUAGUGCAAGUAGCUGUUUUGUUAGUGCCUUAACUCUUAGUAAGCAAAAUUAUGGAAUAAACAAUACUAGUAUUCAGAAAAUGGUAGAAACAAAAUCAGAAAAUAUAAAUCCACCAUCCAAAAGAAAAAAAUCUUAUGUAUUAGAACAACUUAAAGAAUGUAAGAAUAACAAAAAGAAAGACUUUGACAGUUUUGAAGUCCCAAAGCCAUUUAAUGAUGAUGGCUACAUAUUUCAAUAUAUUGAUACUAAUGUUAAGUCUAAUGUUUCACCUUUGAAACUGCUACUGGAGAAUGAGAUGAAUGAAAAGAGUCCUUUGGGUUUUGGGGCAUCAAAUUUUGAGAUACCAGAAAGUGAGAAUAAAGAGAGCCAGUACCAUUAUUUAGAGAUGUCUUCAGCAAAGAAAAGCUUAUUUGCAUCAAAUCACAUUAAUGAUAAAGUUGAAGAUAAGUCAACAGUUAAAUCUCAAGUAAUUUGUUCCCCACAACUCUUUGAUUCAGACGAUGAUCAACUUAAUGAACAAACAAGUAAAGUGAAGACUAAGCCUUUCACUCAGAUUGUGCAUAACAGCUUAGGUUCUGUGGACAAGAAGUCUCCAGGAAACCUCAGGUGUAAAUCAGAUAUACAGGAAGAUGUUUUACAGGAUGUCAACCUUACAGCCAGUGAACACACAGAGGAAAAAAGCGGGUUAUGGGAAACAAGAAAGAGGCCCUUGUAUAACCAAAGCAUAUCUGAUUUUGUAGCUUUAAGUAGUGUGGAUGCAGAUUCAGAUUUGGAAGAUUUCAAUUUGAAUAAGAGUUUCAGUUGGAGAGAUCCAAGAAAAUGCAGAGGUAAACAAAAAUCAAAACCCAAAGGUGUCCAUUUUACUGAAUUUGCUGAGUAAAUUUUUUAAGAUUUUAUGAUUUACAGAUAUUCAUACAGUAUACACUAUUUUUAUAUUGACAUUUAUAUUUUUCAGCUGUACAUAUUUUUAUAAAUGUUAAGAGAACAGUAUUUUCUGUCAUGGUAAGGCUUGAGAAAAAAAAAUAUGAAUGUUCUCUUUAAAGGCAAAUUAAGCUACAGUAUUUAAAAUCUGUAACAAGAAAAAGUUAAAAAUUAACAUGAAUUGCAUUGCUGUAUUUAUAAAAUGUAUAUAUUAGUUCUUCCAUAGUUUUAUUACUAAGCUUAGGUUUUGAAUUUUUAAAUAUAAUAAAAAUGAAUAUAUCCUUAUUGUGUACUCGCCUAUUCAUGGUUGCAUGGGCCAAAUAUAUAAUCACCAGCAUUAUUAGUGUUAGCCUUAAUGCUGGUAAAAGAUUCUUGAAUAAAUUAAGAGCUACCCUAACCUUUUAAUAGAUAAAAAAUUUAUUUUUUCCCAAUCCUAGGUACUGUAUGGCUCCCCUACAGGCUUAGUGCUAAGAUAUAUAAGAGAGCAUAGUUUUUGACCUCUUGGGCCCCUGUUAUCCUACUCUUGAAAAUGUGUACAGCCCACCACUUCCUCACCUAUUUAACACCUUGAAACUGUAAUUAUUGCUGGCUCCUCUGUUUUAUUAUAUGGAAAAUUUCUAAAUCCAUAGGGACUCUUACAGCAGCUGAAGAAUGGGAGGUAAUCAUGUUUGAUCCAAGGAAGGGGAUUAUUUCUUUCAUGGAGAGUAAGGCUAAACCCAAAGGAGUCAUACAGUGCCUCAGGAAUGGGAAACGAUCAAACUCAGUCCAAGAAAAGGGAAGCCAGGUUUAAUUCCUUAGAUCAAGAGUCCAUUACUGGCAUCAAGGCACCUUUCCCUGAAGGGAUCCAUGUUUUUAGCUUCCAUUUAUAUGUGCCACCCCCCUCUCCCUCACUCAUGCUGUACAUUUCAGAUAAUCUGUCUCCUGUCUGUGUUGAUCCACUGAGUAUUUUGCAUACGAUCACAUGUAUUGGUCCUCUUUUCUAGGACUGUCAAUUCAACUUUUGAACUAGUGUUGUUACAGGCCUCUGGACAUUUACUUUCUGAACAUUCUUUCUAAAUGAGUGCUUUAUGCUGAUUACUUUUUUAGGGCUUUACAAGAUAUCUUGUAAAGCAUCUGAGAUUCUUUGUUAGGAACUUGAAGGUAGUUCCUAGAUUAGCUAACCUUGUGUAUGCUGCCAAUAUCAUGCAGUUUUUUACAUCUUUGAUGAGUAAAUGAAAAUUUAACAACUGCUUUGACAAAAAUAUGAAACAAACAAAAAUGAAAUUGUUCAAAGCAUCUUUCAUUUUAAACACUUCUUUAGGAGCAAUGCAUGCAAAAGAGUGAAAUCUCAUUGAAGAUACAGGUUUACAUCCAGGAAUGCAGUCUCUUCAAUAAAUAUGUUUCAGUAAUUCAUAAAGCACACAUUAAUAGUGCAUAUUUUAUCAGAACACUAUUCACACUUCAAUAAUUAUUACUAUGUGGUUUUGACUGAACACACAGUAAAGUUCAAAAAAAUAUGGCUUAGGCAUGCAAAUGUUUAUUCAGAUACUUCUACUGCCUCAAGAUUAAUAUGGUAUAUGGUGCCUUACGAGCUCAACAUAACUGUCAGGUUAUAAAACAACUCGUAGCGGUCUACUCUUCAGUAGUCACUUGACCAUCUCCAAGUACAGUGGACUCCCGGUUUACGAUCAGCUCCCAAUGCGACCAUUUAUGUAAGUGCAUUUGUAUGUGUAUGUUUGGGGGUCAAAUGGACUAAUCUAAUUCACAAUAUUCCUUAUGGGAACAAAUUCGGUCAGUACUGGCACCUGAACAUUCUUCUGGAAUGAAAUAUCGUAAACUGGGGGGUCCACUGUGCUUCUGCAUCAGCAAGCAAGAGAGGAAGGAAUUUAGGUUAGGAUAAAAUUCUUCCUUAUCACUAUAAGUGAAAUGUCUGAGGCAUAGGUUGAUAAAAUGGCCAACAGCUGUCUGUUGCUCAGUUAAGCUACUUGGCCAUCUGCAAUCUCUUUUAUAUGAAUUUAAGGUAUGGUAAAAAAAAAAUGCUGAUUUCUUCCCUAACCCUUAAACUGUCCAAACGUAGAUCUACAUCCACGUGCAGGGGGCUCCGAACAUCAUAAUUUUUUUUUUACAUGCUUUCAAAUGGGGAACAAUCAAGGUUGGAGCACUACGCACGUGAACGUAGAUCUGCGUUUGGACAGUUUAAGGAUUAAAGGGAUACUUAUGCCACUAUUUUUCAAAUAAAAUCUAUGGGAAUAUCACUUUCAAAAGUAUGUUACUUACCCAUCAAACUUAACCACUUUCUGUAAUUACAAAAAUAUACCAUUUUUUUUUGUGAUAAUAAAAUCUAUGGAAAUUCCAUUCUAAGUAUUUGUAAAAUAGCCUAUGGUGAUGUCACUUUUUUUUUUUUUUUUUUUUUUCAAAUAUUGAACCUUAAAAAGUGGAAUGAAUUUUCCAUAGAUAAAGACAUUCGUCACAUUAAGAGUUAAUUGGUUUCUUAUGAAAUGAAAAAGCUUUGUUUUUUAAAAGAAUUUUAUUUUAAAAUUUUUAAAUUUUCCUUUAAACAUUUUUUCUUAAAGAAAAUUAAAAGCAAAAAUUUUUUUCAGAAAAUUAAGAAAAAACCUUUGAAUUUAAAUUUCUUUUGGAAAAAAAUUUAAAUUUUUUUUUUUUAAUAAAUUGAUCUCAAAAAAAUUAAGACAUUAUUCUUUUCCUGUUUAAAUAAAAAAAAACAAUAUAAAAAAUUAAUAAUGAUCUUGUGUACAAUGUAAUUAAAGCAGCAUCAGUUUAACCCUUACUGUCUAAACAUAGAUUUAUGUCCACGUGUAGGGGGCUCCGAACAGAUCUUUUUUUUUACAUGCUUUCAAAUGGGGAAAAUCAAUAGCGGAGCGCUACGCACGCAAGC